UACAGUUUUGGAGUUUCGAUGUUUCGUUUCCUGCCUGAUUUGAUUGACUUGACACUGAUAUGAACGAUACGAUACUGCUCUCUCCUAGUCUCCUUAGUCCUUACACAAUUAAGAGAACGAACACCAUUAAGUAAUUUAGGAGAGACUGCCUGUUGCCUAUUUGUCUCGUUAUUAUUGUUUGUGCUACGGCUACGGAACGGAGAAUUGAAGUCUUUUAUCUUGUUAUUCUGCUUUACAUAGGCCUAGUUCAGUUCAUUUAUGUUCUUUAAAGGUCUGGUUUUGAAAAAUGGAUGAUUCUGAGUGUGGUUCAAUAGUUGAAUUGGCUAAAAGUAACUCAGAUAGCGGGAUUGACGGUUUCCUCUCCGAUGGUAGCACUUCAUCAAGCAAGUCUGAUCGCCUUACUGAGACUUGUAAUUUAGAUAAGAAUUCUCAUGGCAAACAGUGCACUUCAUCAAUUAAGUCUGACCGCCUUGCUCAGACUUGCAUUUUUGAGAAGAAUUCUCAUGGCAAACAGUCAAAACAGUUGUCUAAGCCCCACCAUUGCUCCCUGAGUCAUUACAGCAUAUCUGGAAGAUGUAUCGAAACACUUAGCCCAAAAACCUUUCGCUACCUUUCAAGUUGUGUGAGAGUACUCGAUUUAAGUAAUAACAAAAUCAAAACCUUACCAGAAACCAUAAGCGAACUACAAAAUCUCCAAGAGAUAAAUUUGUCUUGCAAUCAAUUGGUCAAUUUGCCCGAUUCAUUUGCAAAACUUCAAAAGUUGCAAACCCUGAAUCUGUCUGAAAACAUAAUUUGUGAGCCUCCUCGAUGUUUAGAGUUUGGUCUUGAACGAUUAACCCACUUAGACUUGUCAAAAAAUGGCAUAACUAAGUUUCCUAAAUCACCCAAAUGUUCUCCACUACUUCAGUGUUUGAACUUGAGCCAUAACGACAUAAACUUAUUGCCUUUGUGGCUACUUAGCGAAGAGUGCCGUGCCAUAGAGGAGUUGGAUGUCUCUUUCAAUUUCUGCUUCGACGAUCCCGCUUUGGAAAGAAGAUUACCACUGUUAAAACACCAUCGCACGUCUGCACUCAAGAGUCUGAAGAAACUUUUGAUAAGCAACACUGGAAGCAAACCAGUCCAUUUGUUUGCUCUAAAUAGUUUUGAAUCUUUACAACACGUGCAUCUAGGAAAUCUCCCAGGCUCCAAGGAGUCAGAAAACUACAUUACAGACUUGGAUUUGAAAUUGUUUUACGAUCCCAAUAACAUCCUAGAACUUCAUCUGCCGACAGUAGGACUAGCUUUAUUGCCUGAGAACAUUGACAGAUUCAAGAACCUACAAGUGUUGGAUGCUUCAUACAACAAGCUGGAUUGGCUUCCAGACAAAAUAGUAACAUUAAAGUUCCUUAGAGAGUUAAUACUUUCAGACUGCAGCCUAUCACACCUUCCAUCUAACUUCAACGAACUGAAAAGUUUGGAGAAGCUAGUUCUUGACCGUAACCAGCUCACAGAUGUUGAGAAGUGUCUUGAUGAGUUGCCUAGGCUGGCGUAUGUAGAUUUGUAUGACAACCUUCUGGAGAGUCUUCCUAUCUCGCCUGAUUGUUUGCCAAACAUUCAAAUGGUGGACUUCGCUUUCAAUUUUGUUAAUCUAGAAGAAGCAUUGGAUAAAGAUGUUAAUGGAGAGAAUCUUUUUAACAUUUACUGUCAUCAACAAGAGAGAUUAAGGUCAUCAUCUGCUUCCAAACAGAAGAGAUACAGUGAAAGGAAAAUCCAAAACAUUGCGGCCAGUUUUGAGAGUUUAGAGUCUGAAUUUCGUCAUUACACGAGUGAAUCGGAGAGUGAUGCUGGCAUCCCAGAUGAAAUCUUCUUAGGGGAACCUUGCAACAACGGGAUGAAUGUAGAUGAAAAUUGGGAUUUGGACAGCUGUGAUGAAUCAGAUUACUUUGAUUGCGCAAGUGUGCCCAGGUACAGCCUGCCCCUAGGGUACAUCUUUGGGUGGACUCCCCCAGUCAAGCCGAAGGAUUGCCAGGUACCCAUUAAUCAGCAGGCGUCUGGCUUCCUGUUCAUUCCUGGACAGCUGCAUCAGAGGACCACGGUGAGGAAGCGUCGUCGGGAGGACCUCCCAGUUGUCGAUGGCCAGUUUGAUGAUGCUUGUGUGGAUACAUAUGCGGGUUUACAGAGCGGCAAAACAUUGAUUGCCUUGCUGGAGAAGAUGCACAUGUUUGUCCGGAACCCUGCGGGGAUGAGGACUAGGAGACGCUGCAGGACCCACGGUCAAUACGAUUUUUGUUGUUGCCCUGGAGUGUGGUUUCAGCUCAGCCCUCCGUUCAGCUUCAUCAUUCCAUCCUCCUCGGACAUGUGAUUGUACUUUGUGUUUGUGUUAUUGUUCUCACUGAUAGUGUUUCUGUUCUGUUGGUAGUGUAGGUGUUGAGCUAGGUUAGGUUAGGAUCGACUAGAUUCUGAAGUAUUCCCGUUCGGUAAGGUAGGAUUUGUGUUUGUCUGUAAGACUAUAAAAUCUAUAAUCUCGUGAAUUAGAGAAUAUAACCGAUCAGGAAACCAUUUUUAGAUUGCUUUAAUCGGUCAAGUGGUAAGCUGGUUUAGCCACGGUAUUUCACAUCGGCUAUCCCUGGGCUGAUCAGAUAGCCAGUGGUAUAGCCCAACAUGAAAACGAAAACACUCAGUUGAAAUUAUUCUGAAUUGAAUGUGUGAAUGACAUGACAAUCAUUAACAAUUCGGCAAAGCCAUGUAGAUUAUUGUUCACUUCAGUGCCAAUUUUAUGUUAAUUCGUUGUGUGUAAACUGUGUAAAGUAAAGGUCUAUAGUGUUUGUCAUUUUCAACGAUUGUUUGGAUUUUGAUCUAUGUUUUGUUCAUGUCUUGAAGUCUUGUCUGAAUUUCCUUUGUAUGAAAUUACCUAUUUAGUAGAGCCUAGUAGGCCUACAAAAUUUAAAGAAAAGUGUAUGUUUGUGCUAUGUAAUUUUCAGUGUUAGUUUUUAGUGUAAGCUGAGGUAAGAAUGAUUUGAUAAAUUUGUUUGCACUUUGAUUUUGUUGUGCUAUUUCUUCGCUAGAUUUAGAGUGCGCAUUUUUCAUUUGCACUUAAGCUCAUUGAAUGCUCAGUGGGCAGUUUGUAUAAAAAAUGUACAGUUUGCUAAUGCUAUGUAAAUAUGUCUACUACGGAAAAAAGAUUACAUUUUGUAUUGUGUUAAGUGUAAAUCAAACUGUAUGUAUUUUUGCAUAUUGGAAAACAUUUUAUAUUCACAUUUUUAUACAUCAGAUUUGAAAGAUGUUUUAAAAGUACUAUUUUUAUAGAUUUAUGAACAGUUAAAACUUCUCUGUAUCCUUAAAUUUUGGUCCCUGUUCUCUCACAUGUAUCUAGUCCUAGAUGGGACCUGUUAACUGUUUAAGUGCUGGUUUUGGUUCUCACUAGAUCUUAAAUUGGGCUGCACAUUAUAAUGUUAUCAAUCUAUAUCUUUCAAUAUUUUAAACUUAAUUUAGAUAUUGUUUUACGUCAGGCAAAUCAUGAUAUAAAAAAUAUGUUGUUUUUAACAAAGUUCAGGUUAUUUGAAGCUUUUUAUGUUAAAAUUUAUUUGCAUUGUCAGGCAGCGGUUUACAAGACACUAGUUUGUGUUAAACAGUGCUUGUUGAAACUGCAACCUACAUCCUAUUACCUCUCUUUACUACUAUAAUCUCUUCUCCAAAGGAUAGCUUUUUGCUCAACUAAACAAAAUUGGUAAAACAGCUAAUAUUUGUUAAACAAUAUUUAGAAAGAACAUUCUGUUCAACUGCUUUCCUUCUCAAAUUCAGCACUUCUAUACAAACACCGGUUUGAGUUAUACAGCUGUUUGAAUUUCACAGUUGUUUUAACGGGUGAAUCAUUAGGAGAUAAUACUCAAAAUUUGCUAACUCUCAGUCUGAUAGUAUUUUAUUAAAAUUUAAACAAUACCACAACAAUCAAAAUUUCUAGCUUGUAUACUUGAUUGCAUGAUUCCAAUUAAUCGGUAGCUAUCCGUCCACCAUCGGUUUUACUUCUAUUUUUACUCAAGUUCCAGAAUAUGCUAAGUAGUUUGCAUUCAUUGAAUUUGCAUUCUAAAUAUCAAAGGAAAGGUACAUAGUAGCAACCACACUGACAGACUCUUGGUCCAAUACCAACUUGAGAAACACACUGAUGAAGAACUGAGAAUUUGUAUAUAAGGGUGCUAUAUAAGGGGGUUUGUAUAUAAGGGUAAUUUGUUCUAGGUUUACAUUAGUCAUGUAUCACUAAGAGCAACUACUACUAAAACACAUCAUAUAUACUGAUGAUGAAUAAGAACUGAGUUGUAAAUAAGAUAUGUAUUUCUAAAAUUGUUAUGUAUUACUAUUUGUAAAAAAAAACCGUUAUUUCUUUAAUGUUGUUUGUUAGUGGUUAUGUUGUUGAUUGCUUAUUUAUUAAAAUCAUUUACUCGUUAUUGUAUGUCUUAAGUUAGUGUUUAAAUUUGUUAGUUUAUGUUGUAAAACAAAGUUGUACAAACAUGUGUAAAGUACAAAGAGACAGUUUACAAAAAAUUAGAAUGUUCCAAAAUGUGGGUCAUUGGUAUAUUUUUUAAAAUUUUGUUUUAUCGUGUAUUAGCGUACAUUUUUGUAGUGAUCCAAAACUAUUAAAAUAAAACUUUUGUAUGUUUUUGUGAGGUUCACCUCCAAGAUAUUAUAGAAUCGGUUAAAUUUAUUCUGGUAUUCAUAAUUUUUACUCACAGAGCUAGAGAUACAACUGCAGGUAGUACUGAAUAAGAGAAUCGAGAGACGUCCACUUUAUAUACUACUUGGUUCGUUACGUUAUAGACAUUAUACUUAAUACGUUGGAACUAGGGGCUGAAUUUUAAUCCGAACCACGGGGUUUGUGGAAUUGUAAAAUAGCCUUGAGCUGACCAAUGCUUGUAGUUGGUAACAUGUCAAAAUUUUCAGCAUCUAAUUUUCUAGCAAAGUUGCUGUGCCAGUGCUAACUCCAGUUUUAUUUCUAGCUCAGUGUUAACCUCAUAAUUAGGUCGGUGUGACUCAUCUUAAACAGAGAAUGAAGUUUGCAUUGAUUUACAUUCCUGUAAUGUUGAUUUAGAGAAUAUGUGUUGUGUGGGUAUAUAAUCAGGAUAGAGUUUUGUGUUAACUCCUUGAUGUUUUUGGCAAUCAAAAGCCAUGUUUAAAUAUUUGAGCUAAAAAAGGUAGCCUGCAUUUUGCACACAGUUCUUAGUUUAGGUUAUAUUUGUUCGGGUUUUCCAUGACUAUCUGUGGUUCUCUUUAAAACUGCUAUGUUUUGUGUAAACUCAUAUAAUCAAGUAAAAAAAAUGUUGCUUAGGAUAUAAUUUAUUAUGCUGAUUCCAAGAACUGUAAUCAGAUUCCUAUAUUUACUCUUAUACAGCAUUUGUAAAGGAAAAUAUAACAAUUAAUUUCAACUUUCA